UUGAAUCAAAUCCAAGACCGGAUACUACCGUAAAGACGUAUGCUACAAAAGAAACACAAACACAAAUUGAUGCCAUUCGUGCCGAAGAGUUGUUUGAAGAAACAAGUUCAGCAAAAAUCACAGUGUCAGGAAUAGAAAAUGCGGCUAAAAAAGCGAAACAGCUGAAUGAUCAAAAAGAUAAUUUUAAAACGGACUAUAUAGAGAUGAAAAAGGCCACAGAUGGGAGUCUGGUAUUGUUUUUGAUGAUUAAUAACAGACUAUUUAAAGAUGAUAAUAUCAUGGAAAUUGAACUGGAACGUUUUGUCAAGAAUUUGUUUGUAACUGCAGAUUUACAAUGUAUCCAAAAUCAUCAAUGUAACAUUGUUUUAGAACUAGAGGAUGCCGAUAACGAUACAGAAGAAUCGGAGAACGAAGACGAUAUUGUAUUACAUGUUGAAAUAAAAAAUGGAGCUUUCAAAACUGACGAGUCUCUAUCACAAAAUUUAGACCAAUUCAUUUCUAACGUCGUAACAAAAGCGAAUGGCAAACCUGCUUCAUGCCAUAACGAAGUGACAGCGGUGUUAGAUAUUUCAAACAAAGAAAGGAAUUCUGAAGAUUCAACUCAAUGUGAAGAAAAAUUAAAAGACGAAGCGAAAGCAUCCGAAAACAACAUACCAGAUCACAUGAAAGAAAUCUCACAGUUUCUAAUCAAAAAUGAAUUGCAACAUUUAAAGGAGAAAUUCGAAAGUGAAGAAAUAACUAUCCCAGCAUUACUCCAGAUGGAUGACGUUGACUUAAAGGAAAUUGGAAUAAAAAAGGGACCAAGAGUUUUACUUUUAGCUAAAGCAAAAGAACUUCAAGAAAAAUCAGCUGUUGAUACGGAGUACCAAUUUGAAGCUAAAAUAGAUGAUGUUGACAAGUUUCUUAAAUCGCUCAACCUUCAAUACUUAGAAGACUGUUUCAAACGCCAAGAUGUGACAAUUAAUGCACUGCGUGAGAUGGAUGCAGAUGAUUUGGUUUACAUAGGUGUCGACGAUAUAUUGACUAGAAGUAAAAUUCUGGAUGCUACAAAAGUUCUUAAACCAUCCCAAGAAAUGGAAGAAAAUGAUACCAGCGACUUAUCAAAAUUUCUGCACGGAAUUGGACUUCAGAAAUUAACAACAAAGUUUGAAGACGAAGAGAUUUCGAUUGAAGCAUUGAUAAGAAUGACAGAUGAAGACCUCAAAGAAAUUGAUAUUAAAAAGAAAGGUCCAAGAGUGCUGCUUUUGAAGUCUGCAAACAAAGUGAAGAUGCUGCGACAAAAGACUAAUAUUAAAAUUGGACAACAGCUGAAGAAAGGGGAAUAUGAAAACCAGCAAACGAUUGAAAAAGAAGUUGAAAAGAACAUGGACGAAGUUCGUACUUUACUCAAAGAAAUUAAACUAGAGGAACUUUAUAGUUUAUUUGAAAAAGAAGAGAUAACACUGCAAGAAUUAUUUGAAAUGGGGCAUGAAGAACUCAACAGUAUUGGAAUAAAACAGUUCGGCCGUAGACAGAGAAUAAUGACUGCUGUUAGGAAAAGGGAAGAUUCACUAUUUGACGAUCAAAGUGUAGAAGAAUAUGCAUCAAUAGAUGAUAUUCAGCAUCUCAGACAUGAUGAAACGUCAUCUAGGGAUCUGCCACCAGUACCUCCGCGUCAAUUUAUCCAGGAACUAGAUAACCAUCAAGGCAGUGAAAAGAUAAAAGAACGCUCAAAAUAUCAGACAUUGCCGCAUCCUGGUUUUGGAUAUGAACGGAUUCGAUCACUAAGUUAUCAAGAUCUUGCAACAGACACUCAGAUGGCUCAGUCGGCUCUCUCAAAAACUAACUUUCCGAGAGAUUCUCGCAUGGCUCAGUCAGCUUUGAACUUGUCAAAAACUAUGCCUGCUAAACCCAUGAGGAAAUACCGACGCAGAACAGCGAAGGAUUCUGUGGACAUACUACUAAGUAAGAUUGCAGAUUUCAAGCACAAGGCAAAGCAUUCUCUGUUGCAGUCAUAUAUUGAUAUACAAAGUCUGAUCAAAAACAAGCGUUUAUCUGCUGACGUAAAAGACGAACUAAGUGCAGAAUUUGGAGAUAUAGAAAAGGUUAUUUCAGAAUCUCUAAAGGACCUUGAUGAUGAUUUUUGUCCAAUAGUUAUAACAGGUGAAACAAGCGCAGGGAAAAGUAGUUUUGUGAAUUUGUUACUAGGCGUGGAAUUGCUACCUAAACACUCAUUGGCUUGCACUUCCACAAUUUGCAGAAUUUAUAAUAAAGAAGAAAAAUCGAUCGUUUUGAUUAGUGGAAAAGACUACAUAAAAGAAUUAGUGCUACAGGGAGAUACUGAUACUGCUGACGUCCAGGAUCUUUUACGAAAACACGGUAGUAAGCCUGUUUCAUCACCAACAGAAAAAGUAACAAUACCAGACGAGGGGAUUGAUGAGUUAAAGUACAUAGAUAUCAAUUGGCCAAUUCCUGCUUUACAGGAACACAUGUUGAUUGUUGAUACUCCUGGUAUUGGGCCUGAUUGUCCAGAACUGACAGAAAGAUUGUACCAAUAUCUACCAAAGGCUUUGGCGUUCAUCUAUGUUAUAAAUACUCCAAAUGCUGGCGGGAUACAGAGUGAUAGAAUUCUUCAAAUACGGGAUGUGUUGAUGAAACAAAAUCAAGAGGAGCAUAUAUCGGUAUUUGAUCCAGAAAGAGCAAUAUUCAUAUGCAAUAAAUGGGAUCAAAUCCAUGAAGAACCAGACAAGGUUUUUCAGAUGGUUCAAGAUACUUUGGAUAAGUUUUGGAUUGGCUUUGAUCCAGACAUGCUGUACAGACUAAGUGCACGCGAGGAGAUGCAGAACUCUCUCGAUGGUAAACCGGUUUCACAGGACUUUACAGAUAUCCUAAAAGGUAUUGAAAGAAUGAUUCCCGCAACAACCAGAGAGAAGUACCACAGACAUUUGCACUGGCAGAGAAAAUUUAUAGAAAGGUUAUUGAUUAAACUGUCUACAAGAAUACGAAAUUCACAUAAAUCAAAACAAGACAAAAAGGAAAUGAGAGAAAACAUAAGAAAAAGGAUUCAGUCUGUAAAGGAAAAUCUGUCAUUGAAAAAACUAGCUGUGCAGAGUAAAGCAAAAACGCAUUGUAAGGAAAUAGCAAAAAACGUCUUUGACCAUUUUCAAAGCAAGGAUACAUUCGAUAGGAUGUUUAAAUGGACCGAAGAUGAUCUUCCUAGUCAUGGCAGUAUUCAAGAAAUAAAAAGAGUCAUUGACAAAUUAGCUUUCGACUAUAUAACUCAGGAGUUACGCAAAAAAAUUCAAGAAACAGAAGUUUCAAAACUUCAGGAAAUAAUUGAACAAUUGUUUAAGAGUGAAUGCUUUUUAAUAGAUAGAGAAUGUGAAACAAUUGACGAAAUUCUCCUAGGAGAAGAAGAAACUUGCAUAUCAAGAAAAAUAAAUGCAGCGGACAGGAGAACAUCUUUUGAGUUGUCAGAUAUUGGUCUAAAAGGCACAAAAGGAAAGAUUUUGUUGGCAGUAAGUUCGCCUUUUAUAUUAGCCUUCGGACUUAUAUUGCUGCCAGUCGGUGUCACAUAUGCUAUUUCAGAUAAACUAAACAAUGAAAUGAAACUUUCUGAAUACAAUUCAAAUAGAAUCGCUUUUGCAAACAAAAGAGCUGCAAAAUUUUUAACCAAAUUGUCUGUUCAAAAUCUUACCACGAGAAUUGAAGAUUCGUUGUUAAAAAAGAUAAAUUGUCGCAUUCAGGAGUUUUUUGACAAAGAAAUUCCAAGACGAAUUAUCGCAGGUGACAAACUCAUGGAAAAUAUUUCCAAAGAUUUAAGACAACCAAGAGAAAUACGAAAACACAGUUAUAGCAUGCAAAAAUAUGUUAUGCCUGUAUAUGGAAGAAUUAUAUUUGCUUCAAUGGAUGUCUUUGAUGAAAACAUGAUUGAAGCCGAUCCCAUAGAUGGUACCAAUGUUUUUGCCACUAUACAGUUAAACAAUGAAAAAAUUACAGUGGCCGUUAAACCAAUGCGAUACAAGGAAAACAACAACGACAAAUACACAGCUACGGCGGAAGUGUAUAGUAUGAGAGAUCUUUAUCACCAGAAUGUUGUCAAGUUCUAUGGUAUUUGUCCAUUCAAUGACCACGGAAUGGAAGGUUUUAAUUUUUUCACAGAAUAUUGUGGGGAUAAUUUAGAUAACAAGGUUUUUGAUGAGCAUAUACGUUGGCGAAAAAGCCUUCGUUACAUAAAAGAUGGCCUUGAAGGACUGAUAUAUCUCCAUCAAUCUGGAAUCGUUCAUAGAAACAUUCGACUUGCUACAAUAUUAAUAAAAGAUGGGGAAGCAAAACUUUCUGAUGGUGGCAUUACAAUGAAAAGGGUUUUGAAAGGCAAUAUCAAGGGUGGUGUGCCAAUUGUUAGAGCUCCAGAAGUCUUACUGGUCGAUUACUGCGGUCAUGAGUCGGACAUGUUCCAAGUAGGUAUAGUUCUAUGGGAAGCUUUUUAUAGCAAGCGAGCUUUUUUCGAUGAAAGUGAAAAGACAACAUAUGAAGAACUGACCAAGCGCAUUGUUAACGGCGAAACACCUUCACUGGAGGACCCUUACCCACAAAUAACUAUCCGUCACAAAAUUGAAGACUGUUGGGAAAAAAGUCUAGAUUAAAGGCCUUCUGCUAAAGAUGUAAGAGAUGUUAUCACUGCAUUCCUAGAAACAAAUCCAGUAACAAAUUGAUCAAAAUCGAUUUCAUGGUGUGGUAUUAUAUUUCCGCUUAGAAAGACAAGGCAAUCAGUCGUUCCAUGACGUUUUCGGCGCCUCUUCCAAAGAACAUAAAUCAGAGCAUCUUGAAAGUUUGCAGCAAGCUUUAUUUGAUAAUAUUAUACCGUUAUUGGCAUUUUUUCAUCAAGUUUCUACUAAUCGUAUACUAAAUUACACAUACUAAGUUUUGACACGUAGUAUGCUUUGUUCAUUUAUGAUAGUUAUGUACCAAUUCAGAAAUAUGACAGUUGUUUUCCAUUCGUUAUAUGUGUCUGAGCUUUUGAUUUUGCCAUUUUGUAAAGGACUUUCCGUUUUUAUUUCCCUUGGUUUGUUUUUGAUAUUUAAAUUUAUAUGAUUGUAUUCUUUUUAAUAUAAUUGCUUAAUUAUUACAAUCGUUAUUAUUACUUUUAUCAUUAUUAUCAUCUGUUUUCGGCAUUAAUUUGACAACGGUUGUAAUUUAUUGAAAGGUUUCCCGUAUGUUAAGCCUACAAGUCAAGAUGUGCAAAAUGUAACAGUUUGUCUGCGCACGAGAAUGUGUUAUGGAGUAUUUAAUUGGAUCAAAAGAAGAAUGCGUUCCUAUCACGAUUUCCUUAAUACAGAGUUGCUGCUCACAAGGGCGUCAUUAAACAAAAAAGUGGUGCCGCAUGUGGAGCUCUGCAUGUGGAGCAGGAUCUGCUUAUCCUUUUUGAGCACCUGAGAUCACCACCGGUUUUUGGUGGGGUGCAUGUUGUUCUGUCUUUAGAUUUCGAUUUUGCGUUUGGUAUACAGUUGUUUGUCUUUUGGUCUUUUUUAUUUUUUAUUUUUGCCAUGACGUGAUCUGUAUAUUUUCGACUUAUGUGUUUAAGUGUCCUUUUGUUAUCUUUCGACUCUGUUUAAAAGUUUAAGUCAAACAAAAAGGGUGUUUUCCCGUUCUGAUAACACUCAUUUGUAAAUAUUGACAUGAUGAUGUGUAAUGUUGUUCAUGGGGGAAAACGGCCAAAUACUUCAUGGCAUUUGCAUAAUUGAAAAAUAUUUUAAAUCGUGUUUCAUUAUUUAGAAUAAAUUUUCCUUUGCGUUGCCUUUUAGCAACUUGUUUCUGAUAAAGCAAUGACCUCAUUUUUAUAAUUUUAUAACUUAAAAACCUAGAUCUACAGCUACUUUGUGUCGGUUUUUUUUUUUGUAUUGUCUCCCUUGCUUCUUCGUUUAAUUUAUUAACAUAUAUAUGAUCAAAGGGAAUAUCUCAAAUUUAAUUUUAAAAUCGUGAAACAGUUCCCAGUUCUUUGCAAAAUGAAGUUAGCUUAUGUUUUUAUAUUUAGCUUCGUUAUAUCACAGAUGUUUAAACAUGCUAAAGCUAGUAAUAGAUAUGUUCAUCUACCGUGUAUAUUGUUAUAGUUUAUUUUUCAAAUUCAGCAAUAAAUAUAUGACCAACGAGGGAUAUAUUGGGUGAAAAUCAAUGAGAUACUAACAGUUGUUAUUUCAUUACAUCUAUCUAUUGGUGUAUCCACAGUUUUCAAUUUGCAUCUGGUUAAUUAAAAAAGCAUUGUGAAUAUAGAUGA